AUGUCUCUCACCUUCAGAAAAGCAACACCACUCGACAUCCCCCCUCUCCUCUCCCUCAUAGUCUCCGCCUACCGCGGCGAAUCCUCCCGCGCAGGCUGGACAACAGAAGCCGACCUCCUCGCCGACGAGCGCAUAUCCCCCACUGCCCUCCACGCAAAGAUCACCGACCCCUCAGGCCUAGUCCUUCUAGCAUUCAACUCCACUUCAGCAUCAUCCACAGGCACAUCAACACCAGAAUCCGACACCGAGACCAAUCCCUCCGGACUGGUGGCAUGCUGCGAAAUCGUAAGAAAGGAUGAUGAGCGCGCAUACUUUGGCCUCUUUGCUGUAUCGCCCAAGUUGCAGGCUGGUGGAAUUGGACGACAGGUGCUGCAGAAGGCUGAGGAGCAUGCAAAGAGGGAGUGGGGGACUAAGAUUAUGACUAUGUGUGUUAUUUGGACGAGGGAGGAGUUGAUUGCUUGGUAUAUUCGACGGGGGUAUGCUCGGACUGGUGAGAAGAGUCCUUUUCCUUAUGCGGAGCUUUAUAAUGGGAAGGCUUUGAGGGAUGAUUUGUACUUUGAUCAUUUUGAGAAGGUGUUGUAA